UUUUAUAUUCAUGGAGAGCAUUCCUGUUGAUGAUGAAAAAUAUCAUAUUUGUCCCUUGAUUUAUAAAAUUGUUAUAUAUUUUUGCAGAAGGCGAGCAUGAUUCUUUUCAUCUAGAAGGAUUAAUGGAGAGUCCCUCAGCGGAUGACAGUGGAGUCAGCUUCUCACCGUUAGUCUACAACAACAAAGUAGUGAACUAUACCUUGAUGGUCACUUUUAUCUCUUUCCUGCAAGUUCUUCUACUGAUUCGUCAAAUGGAGCAUAGCAGCACUCAAUACGGGGCUGCUAAGGUUUCAAUUUUAAUGAUCGGCCAGCAAGCGAUAAUGGAUGCCUAUCUUUGCUUUUUACAUCUGACUGGAGUAACAUUACGUGAAUCCUUGUUUAAUGCUUUUGCAACUGCUGCAUUUUCCAAGUUCGUCGUCGUCUCAAUAUUUGAGAAGAGAUAUCUCCUUGCUAUCUGGGAGGCAAAUAGGCCUUUGAGUCAUGAACUUUCAGUUUUUUACAGUCGAUACUAUGGGAUCCUGUUGGGAGGCCUUCUACUCAUAUAUGAGUUCCAUCACUAUUUGAAGACUAUUUUUCUUCUUAUGUCCUCCUUUUGGGUACCUCAGAUAAUCACCAAUGUUAUUCGUGAUUCACGCAAACCAUUGCAUCCUCAUUAUAUAUUAGGGAUAACUGUUACUCGGCUAGCAAUACCAUUAUACAUUUUUGGUUGCCCUAACAACUUCAUGCGCAUAGAACCUGACAAGAGAUGGUGUGUUUGUUUGACUGUAUUUAUUGGGUUUCAGGCUGUAAUUCUUCUACUUCAGCACUAUCUCGGGUCGCGUUUGUUCAUUCCUCAUCAGAUUCUACCCGAGAAAUACUGCUAUUGUAGGAGGUUUGAUCAGGAUACAAGACAUGCUAUGGACUGUGUUAUUUGCAUGAUAGCCAUUGAUCUUUCCCAGGGAACUAAUGAUUGCAUGGUGACACCUUGUGAUCAUUUCUUCCAUUCUGGUUGUUUGCAAAGAUGGAUGGAUAUAAAGUUGGAGUGUCCAACUUGUCGUCGCACUUUACCACCUGCUUAGAGAGUUUUUUUUCCACUUUUUAUGCCAAUAGGACCUAACUGACCCUGCUCAACGUGGUAGAUUUAGCAAUAUGCUUCACUUUUCACUUUUGAUUGUCAACCUUUUUGUUGUGAUGUUGAGCACUAAGUCUAAGGUUGUCUUCUCAUAGAAAUUGUAAUUUCAUUUUUCCA